AGAUAUAAACGUUUGAUGCUGCGCAAACUAUCGACUCUUCAUGCCCACGUCAUCAGCCUUCUUCUACUCUUCAUCGAUGUCCCCGUCGCAGGGUUCAUCGCCCUUCCGCCCGCAUCCCUGGCAUCAAAGAACGUAAAACUUGUGAAUGUGAACAUACUUGCAAGCAAGAGGCUAAGGAACGUGAACCACGGUCUGAACUCCGUCAGCAGCCUUGCCGAACGGGUUGUUGAGCAAGACCGCGUUCAAACUUUUGGUCUUUCGCUGUCUGGAGGAGCAGAGGACAAGCUGAAGCAGGAGUUCGAGCUGAACAGGGGGAAGGCAGUUGACACCUUGCUGUCGGACUACCCCACCAUCUUCACCGAGUCCUGUGAUUUCAGCAUUUUCCACCCGUCCAUCACCCUGCGGGAUACACAGGGGUUCAGCAUCGAAGGGAUCGGAGCUUACCGAGCCUUCUUCUCCAUCGUUCCCAGCCUUGCCAACGUUCUCUUCUCAAGAUGCGAAGUGUCUGCGGUGUUGAUGGACAAGUACGGGCUGUGCAAGAACAAGAUCAAGAUCCGCUGGAGGAUCGACUUCUUCCCGAGGUUCUCGGGGAUGUCGACGCUCAAGGACAUCUUCCGUUGGGUGGACUCGAACGGGGAUGGCGUGAUCAGCUCCAAGGAGUUCUUCGAGGUGCAGAAGAGAAUGGUUGGAGGGCACACAGGCCGAAAAUCUCCCUUGGUGGUUGAAGGCAUCAGUUCCUAUACCUUGAACGCAAAGGCUGAGAUUUUACUUCAUGAGAUCGAGGUUACCUCGCCGACCAAUUAUCCGUUUCUUGAAAGUUUGCGGGAACUUCUACCCGUAAGGAGGACCCCGGAGUUUGUUAGGGGGGUCCCGAGCUUCUACCACCCACCCGCUGCCCUCCAGCCUACCCUCUACCUGGAGUCUACCAAGACUCUUCCUGGACCCCCCGGCGGAGACAACGACGAGGGGGUGGGAGCGCAGCUGCUCGGAGCGAUUCUAGGGAAGGAGAAUGUGAAGAAGCUACCGAAGCAGUGCAAGGAGGACUACGACUGCAAUCCAGGAGGAUACAACUUUCCUUUGAGAUGCGUUGACUUCAUUAUCGCUCGCUUCUGCGUCGACCCGGAUGACUGGCGCGGCGGAGGACUUGGAGCUCUGUCGAUUGGACCGGAGUAUCUCGUGCCUGAGCCGAUUCCUGUGCGAGUAGAAGACGGAUGGACAAGAUAAGAAGAGGAAGAAGAGGAACAAGGGGUGGGGAUGACAGGAGGAGGAGGAGGAGGAGUGUGGAAGCUGAUGUAGUAGAAGGCGAUAGGAGACAAGAAGUAAGAAGGUGGGAGGGGACGGAGGGGGAGGAUGGAGAUGGACUGUGAUUUCUAAAUACAUGUACAUUUAGUUG